AUGCAUAUCCCAUCUCUACUCCUUUCCACCAUUGGAUUAAUUUCGAUUACUUCGGCAUUCCCCAGCCGAAUCUCAAAUCCAGAGCGGCUAUAUCCUCGCGUUAUAUUGAACAAACUAGAUGCAAAUGCCGACGAAGACACUAUCGAUAGGAAUGGGACAGUAAACAAAGGUCUCUCCACAUGGGGUAAUACAAAAGUGGACUGUCGCCAUAAAUCUCGGCUCGACAAUGCAAACGUCUACACAAGGAAGCGCUGCAACAACGGUUGGUGCGCAUACAUGUAUGAUUACUACUUUGAAGUGGAUCAUUCCCAUAAUUGUUUUUCUGGCCGCAGGCACAGUUGGGAAGUCGUAGUGGUCUUUGUCAAAUACAACAUCAUCCGGCGCGUCGCCAUCUCAGCACACGACGGAUACCACCCACAUGACGGAUUCGAUCAUAGAGACAAACCCCUUACACAAGACGGCCACCCUUUGAUCGUCUAUCACAAGAAAACCUUGGGCGCUCACGCCCUCCGGUUUGCCAAUGAUGAGGAUGUGAAAAAGCCUGAGAACCACUACGGGAAAUGGGUCAUGUCAGACCUAGUUGGUUGGGAUGGCUUUCCUACCCCAGAGUACAAGGAGAAUUUGACAACUUACAAAUUCGCAAGGGAUGAGCAUUUUCAUCUCUCGGAUGCGUUAUUUGGGCAGAGUUUACAAAAGGCUGCCGGGAAACAGGUUGACGGGUUUGAUUGUUUUAGAGACGGAGGGGAAGAGUAUAAAAAGAAGGAUAAAAAGCAAAAGGAUAUGCGCAAGGAGAAGCAGAAGAACAAAGUGAAAGAGAAGGAUUCAAAGAUCAAGAAGGGCGAACAUACGGAGGAUGAGGAUGAUUCGAGGAAGGAAAAUGGCGCCAAGAAGGAGAAGGAUGAAAACGAUUGA